GGCCCCAGCUCCCAAGGGGCUAAGAAGCUGGUGCACUGGCGAGGGGGAGGAGCUGAGCCACCUUCAUGCAACACCCCCCUUACCCUCCAACCCUCAGGAAGUAUGAACAGGAAAGACAGUAAGAGGAAGUCCCACCAGGAAUGCCUGGGGAAGACAGGGGGUCGGGGCCGGCCCCGACAGGCCCGCCGCCACAAGACGUGUCCCAGCCCCCGGGAAAUCAGCAAGGUCAUGGCCUCCAUGGCUCUGGGCAUGCUGAGCGAGGGCAGCUGCAGCGAAGAUGAGCUGCUGGAGAAAUGCAUCCAGUCUUUCGACGCCGCUGGCAGCCUGUGCCGCAGGGACCACGUCCUCAACAUGGUGCUGACCAUGCACAGCUGGGUGCUGCCUUCUGCCCAUCUUGCCAGCCGUCUGCUGACCUUAUAUCCUCCCGGGUACCAGGAGGCCGCCAGAGACACACAAGAGCUGAGGCAGUUGCAAAUCUGUCACCUGGUCAGGUACUGGCUGACCCAACACCCUGAAGCGGUGCACCAGGAGCCCCAGUUAGAAGAGGUUAUCGGUCGCUUCUGGGCCACUGUGGGUGAGGAGGGCAACUCAGCCCAGAGGAACCUGGGAGACUCCUCCAACCUUCUGAGUCCGGGCGGACCUGGCCCUCCACCACCCAUGAGCAGCCCAGGUCUAGGCAAAAAGCGCAAAGUGUCCUUGCUUUUCGACCACCUGGAGACGGGGGAGCUGGCUCAGCACCUCACUUACCUGGAGUUCCGGUCCUUCCAGGCCAUCACGCCCCAGGACCUGCGGGGCUACGUUCUGCAGGGCUCUGUGCGCGGCUGCCCUGCCCUGGAAGGAUCCGUAGGUCUCAGCAACAGCGUGUCCCGCUGGGUGCAGGUCAUGGUUCUGAGCCGCCCCGGGCCUACACAGCGUGCUCAGGUGCUGGACAAGUUCAUCUGCGUGGCACAGAGGCUCCACCAGCUGCAGAAUUUCAACACGCUGAUGGCGGUCACGGGGGGCCUGUGCCACAGUGCCAUCUCCAGGCUCAAGGACUCCCAUACCCACCUGAGCCCUGACAGCACCAAGGCCCUGCUGGAGCUGACUGAGCUCCUGGCCUCCCACAACAACUACGCCUGCUACCGCCGCACCUGGGCCAGCUGCACAGGCUUCCGGCUGCCUGUCCUGGGCGUGCAUCUCAAGGACCUGGUGUCCCUGCACCAGGCACAUUCCGACAGGUUGCCUGAUGGCCGCCUGUACCUGCCCAAGCUCAACAGCCUCUAUCAGCGGCUGCAAGAGCUAGCGGAACUGCAGAGGCAGCACCCCCCCUGCAGUGCCAAUGAGGACCUGCUUCAUCUGCUCACGCUGUCCCUGGACCUCUUCUACACGGAGGACGAGAUCUAUGAGCUUUCUUACGCCCGGGAGCCUCGCUGUCCCAAAAGUCUGCCACCAUCCCCCUUCAAAGCGCCCCUGGUGGUGGAGUGGGCCCCCGGAGUGACUCCCAAGACCGACAGGGUCACCCUGCGUCGGCACGUGGAGCAGCUGGUGGAGUCCGUGUUCAAGAAUUAUGACCCUGAAGGCCGAGGGACCAUCUCUGCGGAGGACUUUGAGCGACUCUCAGGCAACUUCCCCUUCGCCUGUCAUGGCCUCCACCCGCUUCCCCGCCAGGGGAGGGGCUCCUUCAGCCGAGAGGAGCUGACAGGGUACCUGCUCCGGGCCAGCGCCAUCUGCUCCAAGCUGGGCCUGGCCUUCCUGCAUACCUUCCAUGAGGUCACCUUCCGCAAGCCCACCUUCUGUGACAGCUGCAACGGCUUCCUCUGGGGUGUCACCAAGCAAGGCUACCGCUGUCGGGACUGCGGGCUGUGUUGCCACAAGCAGUGCAGAGACCAGGUGAAGGUAGAAUGUAAGAGGCCAGGGACCAAGGGCGAUGGGGGCCCCCCGGGAGCCCCCAUCCCACCACCCACACCCACCCAUGCCAACUAUGGCACCGAGGACAAUCUCCCCUUCACAGUAUGCCUGGACCCUGAGACUGGGCGCCACCUUUGCAAUGCCUGGACCCAGACAGAGCUCCCACACCCCUCCUGGGAACCAGAGACGGACCCCCUCCCAACAAGCACCCCGACGACCAUCCAGUCCUCCAAGCAGAAUUCCCAGACAUCACCUCCGUCUUCUCUGCACCGCUCCCCUCCCCCGAAGUCAGUUCCACCUUCUGGUACUCAGCCUGCAGGGGAGCCCCCACUGGCCUCACCUCGUCCCCGGCACCGCUUUCGCUGAUGUGUCCAUCGUCUCUUACCCCAAAGAAGGAUUUUUCUUCUUUGGCAUCAGAGUGGCACCUAAUCAUCUUCCCUUUUCCUGCCCACAGUACCUGUGCAGCUCCCCACCGGAUCCAUCCAGACUUAGACAUCAUCUCCCCGACUCCUUAAAUAUCCAUAUUACAGAUGAGGAAACUGAGGCUCAGUGGGGUUAAGCUGCUCCACCGAGGUGGCAGACGCCUAAGCAUUGGAGACCGGACUCUGCUGUCUGCUCUUAAAUGAAAGCUCUUGGCCAGAACGCUACACUGACAGGCAAUGUGGCUGGGUGGGCAGACUUCCAAACUGCAGUUCCAGAGAGAAGGUUGUAGAAGGGGUGGGACAGGGAGCCUGUGAACACCUGAUUGCACCAUGUCCCUCCGGGGCCCAGAGCACUCCAUGCCUCCGUCUCAACGCAGGGCAAAAGCCAGUCCUCACUAAAGCCCGCCCCACAUCCUGCCCCUAACACCUCCCGGCCUCCCCUCCCACCACUUGCCUCCUGCUUCAGCUGCUUCAGCUGCUCCAGCCCCAGUGAUCCCCAAACAUGCCAAACACACUCCUACCUCAGGGCCUCUGCACCGGCCGUUCCCUCUGCCUGCAACGCUCCUCCCCAGAGGCCCUCCUGGUUCUGUCUUUGGGACUUAGCUCAAGUGUCACCUUCUCGGUGAGGCUUCCCUCCCCUGACCAUCCUCAAAGUCACAGUCCCCCCAUCCCCAUCCUGCCUCCCCACCCUGCGUGAUUUUUCUCCAAAGUCCUUUCCCCACAUCUGACAGACUGCAUUUUACCCUAUGUAUUUCAUUUAAUGUCUGCUGCCUCUCACCAGAAAUAUCAGCUCCAAGAGAAAAGAGCUUUUUAUUAUCUGUACCUCCCAUUGUGCCCCCAGUACCUGGAACACGGGUGGCACAGGUGCCCGACUGAUGUCUGCCCCAUGCUAUGUGUCUCCCUCCCUAUGCCCUCAGGAAGGC